AAGUUGCCUAGCUCGCCGAAAAUCGCCGUCUGGCCGCCGGACAUGGAGGAUCGGACCUCCGGAAGGUUCGGGUUCAGCUCACGGGUCCACGAACCACCCAGGUUUCUCUCUCGGGUUUAAACGGGUUGCGGCUGUGUUUGGGCUUCUGGGUCGUCGGAAGUCACGUCGCCGGCGUUCCCUGGUCUCGCCGGCGUCACCCAGCUCGGCCACCGGAAGAUCGGGUCUCUCCUUCCACCGAUCUCCCUCAAUCUCUCGGCACCUCUCUCUCUCUCGCGGCAUCAUCUCAAUCUCUCGCAUCUCUCUUCUCAGUCUUUCGGUUUCUCCCUUAGUCUCUCAGCAUCUCUCAAUCUCUGUUUCUCUCUUCUUUCAAUCUCACACUCACUCUCUGCUUUGUCCCUCUGUGUUCGUGGAGUAGAGGAAGAGGGAAUAUAAGGAAGAAAGAAGAAGAUUAUAAUAAUGAAAAGAAAGAAAGUGCUGAAGAAAGAGAGAAUAAAAUAACUAAAAGGAAAAACAAGAUGAUGAUGGAAGCUUUAUUCUCAACGGCUGCAAUUCAACAUAGCUGGCUGGUGGGGGAGGGAAAACUUAUUAAAAUCAGAGUGGAAAUGAGGAUUACUAUACGGUUGAGUGCAUGAAUGAGCUGUCCACCUGCUGCUGCUGGCCGAAAGAUGCUUCCAGAUAGUCUUGGUGGAAAGCUUGCCAAAUGAGAACAUGGAAGCCUCGAAGGAGAGAAAGAUGGGGAAAGAUGAAGAAAGCAAAGAAGGCGAGGCAAGCAAUCAGGAAAAGAUAUGAGUAAAACACCCAUAUCGGUCCUCUCCUCCCUCCGUCUCUGCUUGUCGCUCUUUCUUCUGUGUCUGGAGAUGUUCAAAAACAUCGGACGGGUCAAAAGCCACUCAUGUCGCGCUUGGAGGAAACACAAGCUCAACCACGCAAGCAACCGCGCACGUGCCUCCUCUUCAAGAUAUCACGUGAUUUACUCAUUUACACGUGAUCACCUCUGACAUAAGGAGCCUCACGUGCUUCCCUCCACACGUGUGAACUGCGAAGUGGGAGCAAGUAGGAGCUAGAAGCCUAGAACUAGAAGAGCCUGAAACUCCCAUUGCAAAUUUGCAGCCACUCUCACUGUGACAUUUGUUUUCACAUUCUAAGCUCUCAAUGUUUUUCUCACAUUGUUUUCUUCACCAAUUCUAUGGUCACAUUUCUCUUUGGCAGUGACUAAGUAUGGAGCAAAGGGUCUCUUGCAGUCUCACUCUUCAACUUGCUCUAUUUCUUCUUCUCUGUCUGUGUGAGACCCAUUCUGCCCCCUUUAUUGAUAUAAAAGAGUCUCUUCUUAUGGAAACAAAGGUCAAUGCAUUGGCUCCUGAUAUCUCUCCAAGUGCAGACUCUCAGCCCUUUCUUCCUCUGUUAUCUCCUUCACCAUUGAUACCAUUCACAAAUUCCUCUGUGCCAAAAUUAUCAGGACUCUGUGCAUUAAAUUUUUCGGCUUCUGAAAGUGUGAUGAGCAUAACAGCAACUGACUGCUGGGCUUCCUUUGCACCAUAUUUAGCCAAUGUAGUAUGUUGUCCUCAAUUUGAUGCAACGGUAGUGAUUAUUAUUGGGCAGUCCAGUGAGUACUCUAGGAGCCUUGCUCUGAACAAGACUCAUGCUAAGCACUGCCUCUCAGAUGUUGAGAAGAUCCUAGAGAGUCAAGGGGCAAAUGAUAAUUUACAAAAGAUUUGUUCGUUUCACCCAGAGAACCUCACAGAAUUCUCUUGCCCUGUUACGGAUGUUGAUGAGUUUGAGCGCACUGUGGACUCCUCAAGACUUAUGGUUGCUUGUGGAAGGAUUGAUCCUGUAAAUGAGUGUUGUGACCAAGUUUGCCAAAAUGCUAUACUAGAUGCUGCUAGAAAAAUUGCCCUAAAUGGUAUGUCAAAUACGGAUGGGUUCCCUGUCUCACUUGAACACUCAACAAGGAUUGAUGAUUGCAAGAAUAUUGUCCUCCGGUGGCUGGCCAGUAAACUUGAUCCUUCUUCAGCAAAUAGUGUUCUUAGAAGACUUUCAAAUUGCAAUGUAAAUAAAGUCUGUCCACUGGUUUUUCCCAACAUGACAAACAUUUUGAAAGAAUGUGGAAAUGUGAUAAAUAACCAGACAGCUUGCUGCAAAGCCAUGGAGAGUUAUGUGUCUCAAUUGCAACAGCAAAGCUUCCUCACCAACUUGCAAGCCUUGAAUUGUGCUGCAUCACUUGGCAUGAGGUUACAGGAAGCUAAUGUUUCCUACAAUGUUUAUAAUCUUUGUCAUAUAAACCUAAAGGAUUUCUCUCUUCAAGUGGGAUCACAAGAGUCUGGCUGCCUUUUGCCAAGCUUGCCUUCAGAUGCAACAUAUGAUAAAACUUCAGGUGUCAGCUUUGUUUGCGAUCUUAAUGAUAACAUUGCAGCUCCUUGGCCCUCUAAAUCUUAUGCACCUGCUUCUACCUGCAAUAAAACUGCCAAACUUCCACAACUCCCCACAGCAACAUCUGCACAAAGUGGUCGAUGCACCGACAACUUGAUGCUUAUGACCUCAUUACUGCUUCUCAACAUGCUUCUUUGAUAUUUGCUUUCACUGUUACCUGUUUCUUUUGGCCACAAACAGAAGUUGCUCUUUGUUCAAAACAGAUUCAUAAAUCUUGACUACUGGUAUACAUAUGGAGAGAGAGAGAGAGAGAGAGAGAGAGAGAGAGAGAGAGAGAG